CUGCAUUGCAUUGCACUACUAUAGCCACAUAUAACUUAGUUACACACAUUUAAUUGAAACUAGCUACGUGUUAUGUGCCCUUAUAUAUAGCAUAUUUCCCAUACUCCCAUAGGCCGGCCGGCCCUUAUCCGUAUACUGGUCCUUCGUCCUCCUUCUCAUCAUUUUCCUUCCUUGGGAAUUCUUGGUCUCCGAGCUACUCCAUGAAUGCCUGCGCUCUGAACUCAAUGGAGAUGAAGGCGAAGCCGGCGAGGGGCGGGAAGCGGAGCAGGGCGAGCGGCGGCACGGCGGUGGUGCUGCUGGAGAAGAAGGAGUCCGAGAAGGAGAGGAGGAAGCGCAUGAAGGGGCUCUGCGAGAAGCUCGCAUCCCUCAUCCCAAGAGAACACUGCUGCUCCAGCACUGCCAUCAUUGAUGAGGUAUGUAUACAUGGAUUUCAAAGAGAAAACACCGGAGGAAAUCAACUUCCAACGGAAAAGUGUUGGUUCUUCAUUGGGGGUGACCAUCAUCAAUCUAUUGAUAAGGAUACAAUGACCCAGCUAGGCAGCCUGGAUGUUGGGGCGUCAUACAUCAAGAAGCUGAAGGAGAGGGUCGAUGAGCUACAACGUAGGAGGAGCUCCGUGCAGGCCUUCGACACAUUAAAAGGAGAUACUAGUAUCCCAACGCCCACUACCACGACUACCACAAGCAGUGGUCCUGGGUCGCCAGAAGAAGAGAAAGCUUGGGAGGCAUCGGAACCGGUAUUGCAGGUGCGGCAACACGACGAUUCAAGCAUGGAGGUGAGACUAAUAUGCUGCAUGGAGAGGCCGAUCAAGCUCCAUGAGGUAAUCACCAUCCAUGAGGAAGAAGGUGCUGAGAUCAUCAACGCCAAUCACUCGGUUGCUGGCCACAAAAUGUUCUACACUAUACACUCUCGGGCCUUCAGCUCGAGAAUUGGCAUAGAUGUUUCAAGGGUUUCUGAACGACUGGGAGCAUUGAGCCGACUCUUUUCGCACGAAAAGCAGGCACCAUCGUGCAUGCGCAGCAUUGAGGUCCCCAAGUACACUGAUGGGACCAACCUAACUCCUCCCAAGGAGCUCAUCAGCAACAACGAUAUAGGUGGAACUAAUAAGGUACCCAACCCCGAGUGUGAGUAUUGGGCUGAGCAAGAUCAAUUGAUGUGGAGUUCCCUUCUUGUGUCAAUAUCAACAGAGUUAAUCGAGUAGGUGUGGGUUGUGUCAACCAUGGUUGAGCCUUGGUCUACCUUUGGGUGCAUGUUCUCCGCUCAUCCAUGUAACUAGAAAAUAUGAGGAAGAAUGUCUCUUGGUAAAUGACUACUUCAACAAAGUAAA